AUGGCGUCGUCAACAUCUACCCUUUCUGAAGAGCUGUUUCCCAAAGAAACGCCCUCCGAAACCCCCAACACCGCCAGUACACCGUCUACCAUGACAACACCAACAACGGAAGCGGGGUCAAAUACCCCUGCGGAUCCGAUUGCUACUUCAUCCACGAGCGCCCCAUCCACUGCAGCUAUAGAAACCGAAUCUGCCAGUAAGCCAAAGCCCAAGGGAAAGUGCAUCCACAAGAAGAAGAAGGAGGCAGAGGAGAAAGAAAAGGAAAAGGAAAAGGCAAAGAAAGAGAUGGAGGAGAAGGAGAAAGCUGAGAAAGAGGAGCGUGAGCGAAAGGACAAAGAGGAGAAGGAGAAGAAGGAACAGGGGAAGAAGGACCAGGAGAAGAAAGAAAAAGAGGGAAAAGAGAAGAAGAAGUCGAAGAAGGAUAAAAAGUCAGCAAAAUCAAGUAAGAAAGGGAAGAAGUCAAAGAAAGCAGAGACCUCCUCCUCUGAUGAUGACGAAAGCUCCUCUGACAGCGACGGAUCCAGCGGUUCCGAUGGCUCCUCAUCCUCCUCAGAUUCGUCAUCAUUCUCAUCCUCCUCAGAUUCGGAGGUUGAUGGGGAUGAGGCCUUGGCAGCUGCGAUCAGGUUGAUCUUAGCAAAAUCAUCCAAGUCAAAGCAGAGACGACAGAAGGAGAAAAAGAAGAAGGCCAAAGCUAGGAAGGCCAAGAAAGAAAAGAAGAAGGCCAAAAAGGCAGAAAAAGAAUCAGAGAAUGCGGAAAAUGAAGAUGAAAAGAAGGAUGGCGGGGAGGAGAAGACUGAAGAUAGAGCUAGUGUUCUGGAAUAUAAGCGUGUUGAUGAGCUUUACGACAAGGAACUGCACGACUACAAGAUCUGCGACACGGUCCCUCACCCCAAAACAGACAAAUACUCCUCAUUCAUCUUUACGGUCCGCCGUGUCUUUGAUUACGAAAACAAGUACCUUGAGACCCAGGUCGACAUCAAGUCUCCUCUUCUCAAAGAGGCCCUUACUAGAAUAAUUGGGGAUGUUAGAGGCGUUUCUUUAGUUGAGGAUAUUCCCUCGGUUGACCCAAAUAUGUUAUUCAACUUUCUCCCCGACUUUGAAGCAUGGGUCGAGAAGAUGUCAAAGCUCAAGGGUGUACCGGAGAAAGAACCCCCCAAACCGACCGGGCCCGUAACAGGCAAACCCGUUCCUCCUCCGUUAACCGCUGCAGAGGUUUCCCAGCAAAUCGACCAAGUCAAACUUCUUAUCGAAUACCUAAAUACGGACUAUGCCCCCACCAAAGCAGCUCUCUUCCCUCUGUUGGAGAACUCCAUGAUUACGUUCGAUCUACUCUGGGCCCUGUUGAAACCUGGAGUCAUCAUGUAUACCACUUGUGCAGGGAGCAACGAGCCAAGAGCUUUCAAACUAGAAUACGCGCAGAAGGAGUCCAGCUUCAUGAGAGGGAAAUGGUGGGCCAUCGAAGGUAAAUAUCUGGAAUAUGACGGAAAGGAUGGACCUGUAGAGGCUGGAGAUGUCGAGGGAGGAGGUUUUGGUUGGGGAACAGUCAGCGUCGAUAUUGAAGGGUUUAAGGGUGCAAGGAAGAUUACUUCGUUAUCAUCUUAUCCAUUGGAUUUCAGAAAGGAUAAAGAUGCUAUGAGGAAAACCCUCGUUGAACGGGGACAGAAGUUUGUAUCCUUGAGAGGGAUGCAAUACAAGAUGCAUAACGGAAUCGCGUUCAUCCGGAAGAAGCGUCAAUAUGUUAAAAUUCAUGUUAAAGGUCGGAUUAUGAUUGACCCUGCCACAUUCCGGCGUAUAAAUCCCAACUAUGUCAUUUCCUCAAUUAGAUCCCGGUACGACGAUGAUGAAGAGGCCGAGAAUAAUAACAAUAAUGGAGAGGAACAUGAGUCCGAAGAGGGCGAAGGUGGCGAAUGUACUGAAUGUUGCUGCAGCGGGGAAGAUGAUAGCAAAACCGAGGAAGAAAAGGAAUUGGAACGAUUGAAGGUCGUAGUCGAUGACAAAGGUAACUACCAGGUCGUCACAAAAGAGCAAGAAAACGUAAAGAAGAUGAAAGUCGAGAGGGUGGAUGAGCAAGAGGAGGAAGUUGAACCUGUCUUUACCGAUGAAGAGCUCCUUACUGCAUCGCCAGUGGUUCUUGGAUGGGCUUUCACAGAGAAAUACUGGCUGGAAUUCGCUGUUUCUGGUGUUGAAGAGAUCCAGUGGAAUGACAAGGCAUUCGAAUCUUUGGUUCUACCUGAUGCUCAAAAAACCAUCGUCAAGGCCCUUGUCGAGUCUCAUACUGGGAAGAACAUUGAGUCAUCAACUAUUGACGAUGUAAUCCAGGGCAAGGGGCGGGGUCUUGUCUCGGUCCUCCAUGGCCCUCCAGGUGUUGGUAAGACAUUGACUGCAGAGGGAAUUGCCGAACUCCUAAGGAAACCGCUUUAUUGUGUUUCUUCAGGGGAGCUAGGUACUAAUCCAGCUUCCCUUGAACAAGAACUCAAUAAGAUAUUGGACAUUGCACAUUCUUGGGGGGCAGUGCUACUUCUUGACGAAGCCGACGUAUUCCUUGAACGACGAACAAUGGCAGACAUGCACCGGAAUGCACUGGUGUCAAUUUUCCUACGUGUAUUAGAAUAUUUCCAGGGUAUUCUAUUUCUGACGACGAAUCGGGUCGAAACAUUUGAUGAUGCUUUCCAAAGCAGAAUCCAUGUUGCUCUGAGAUACAACGAGCUCGGUUUCAAAGCCAAGGCCAAAAUUUGGAAGAUGUUCCUGGAAAUGUGGCUAGCAAAGAGAAAGCUCAACGGACGACAGAUCAAGAACUCGGUUAGAACUGCCCAGGCACUCGCGAAUAAUAAGAGUGAGACGCUAUCAAUUAAACACAUCAAGACGGUACUUGAUGUGGCCGAGGGAUUCGAAAAUGAUCUCAAGGGGACAGGACAGUUGGAUAGUAUGCAUGCUUAUGCUUAA